UUUUUGCACGAUAUGGUAGUUUCUACGUUGCACCAGUUAAACAAAAGCCGCCAUUUUUACCGGACAGCGUGCCUGAAACGAUUUAAAUCGACCACAAUGGCGUACAAAGGAGGAGCAAAGGUGCAGAAAGUAAUGGUCCAGCCUAUCAACUUGAUUUUCAGAUAUCUGCAAAAUAAAUCAAGAGUACAAGUUUGGUUAUAUGAACAGGUCAAUCUACGCAUAGAGGGCUGCAUUGCUGGAUUUGAUGAGUACAUGAACUUGGUAUUAGAUGAAGCUGAGGAAGUACACAUGAAGAACAAAACUAGAAAAUCAUUAGGUCGAAUCCUCCUUAAAGGUGACAACAUAACAUUAAUACAGGCAGUGCAAUGAGAACCGGUGUGAUCUCAAUUUCUCCAUUACUCCAUUUAUGUUGUAUAUAAUUUCAUGGUUCAACUGUGGCAAAACUUAACAGAAACUGUCUGAAAAUGGAAGCUGGUCUUAUUCUUAAUUUGUGUGAGACAUAUAUUAAGCAAAAAUUGAA